CCCGCGGGGGGCUCUGCCCGCGUGGCGCCUGUGCGCGUGGGGGCGCGGGGCACGUGCGCGUGUGCGCGUGGGGCGCGGGGUGUGUGUGCCCGCGCCGUGCCCCCCGCGUGCUACCGGGCGUGAGUCACCGCGGGGCUCGCCUUUAUAACUGCCGCCAGGCUCGCGGCUCGGCAGAGCAGCCCGGCCACGCGUCCCCAACGUCCCCGAUCGCGUGCCCCAACCGCCACCGUGUCCCCGGGGCGCCAUGGGGGCCCCGCGCUGUGCCCCGCUACUGCUACUCCUGCUGCUGCCGCUGCUGCUCACGCCGCCCGCCGGGGAUGCCGCGGUCAUCACCGGGGCUUGCGACAAGGACUCCCAGUGUGGAGGAGGCAUGUGCUGUGCUGUCAGUAUCUGGGUGAAGAGCAUACGGAUCUGCACACCUAUGGGCCAAGUGGGAGACAGCUGCCACCCCCUGACUCGGAAAGUUAGUAUCUGCGCUGGGACUUCUGGUAUACCUGCCUGCUGAGCAAGGCCUGUAUGAUGGAAGACUCGGGUAGUUUGCUUGACAUUGGAAGUCAGAGGACAAAACGGGGAGGCGGGGGAGAGCACUGUUUCUCUCUUCUCUUCCCUUCCAUCCCAAUCACCGUUUCUAUACCAUCGCUCGCCUGACAUUCAAAAUAACCCAUCAGCAUAAUUCCUAACAUGUCAAUGUACUUAGGUUUAAAACAGGCAAAGUAGAUAGUUUACUGGAACAGGCUUUGUAAAAUCAAAGUAAAGAGUUCUUGAAAAGACUCCAUACUUGACCAACUGAUGGAGGAGUCAGUUAGCUUUGUGGGUUUUGUUUGUUGCGUUUUAUUUUCAGACAAUCGCCAAUAACUAACUCACUUACUCUUGUAUCUUAAAUGUUCUAUUUUGUUGGGUUUUGUUUGUUUGUUUGUUUUUGAGACAGCUUCUUGUGUAGUCUAGGUUGGCCUUGAGCUUCUGAUUCUUCUUUCUCCCCCAAAGUGCGGAGCUUAUAGGUGUGUAGCACAGUGCCCAGCUAAAGUUUGGUAUUCUAGACCUGUGAGAUAUGAUUUUCAUAACUUGGGAGAUUUGUGACAUUUAAUUUUCUAACACCAUUGCAGGACAGCUCAAUGUUAUGGUAACCUAAAGAAUUUUGGAAAGGUUAUGGACCCGGAAAGGCAAGGCCACAGGCCUCCGAGGGUCAGACAUGGCUUAGAGGCUGUGUUCCUGUGAACUGCAGAUUCUCCAACCAGAGGGCCAGUGCAUUUCUGUUACAUCAGGAGGUAGAUAGAUGGAAGGUGAUCAGACAGUGUGUAGAACUGUGUCACUGUCCUUCACAUGGAAAAAAAAAUAUAUCAACACAGUGUAGUGUCAGGCAAGUGGCAUCCCCUUCCUGCUAUCUCUCUUCUUCCUCAUUGUGCCCAUCAAGCAAAUUUGAUCCAGAGGCAAUGGUCCAGGGCAGGUGGCUUCCUGGAGAAGGACCCUAUACUCCUUUACAAAAGAUGUAGCGUAUUUUCAAAUCAAACAGAAUUCUACUGCUUUCUUUUUUUCCCCAUAUGUCUUUGGGUUUGAAGCUAUGAUGGAUACAGCCAUCUUCCCUGUGAUUCCAGCUGUCCCAGAUAACACUCCGUAUUUUCACCCACUCAGAGUGGACACAAGGAGAUGAACUUGGGUAGCCUGUCGGGGAGGUGCACCUCAGUGUGGGGACCCCAGAGUUUGGUUGCUGUGCAGCCUGCCUGAAGGCUGUGUUCAUGGCCAGCUUGCCUGUGGUUGGUUGCCUUGUGAAAUGCUUCCUGCUGCAUUUGAGCCUCUUCCUGUGGUCUGACACAGUGCAAGAUUUCACUGUCAUUUUUUAAACAUGACACCCACCUUUUAUUCCUGGACAUUCUGAGAUACAGCGGGCGUUACCAUCAGUCACCUGUCUGAUCACCAGGCUUCUCAGGAGCAGGUGAGGCUGGCUCCGCUGCUUUGGGCACUGAAUCAGGUUUCUUCCUUACACCUAGUGAGUCUUCUCUUGUGCACUGAAGCCAUUGUCCCUAAGUAGCUUCCUGCUGCCUUAUUGCUCUGAGAAUCACGUAUAGAACAUACCUAAAAAAAUAAAAGGUGGCCUUUUGGUCUUCACAGUAUCUACUCUCAUGGGUCAGCUCGGAUGAGCCAUCCAGUCUGUAUACACUGUUGUGUAUGUCACCCUUACCCAGCAUCUCAUACCUUUACUGCACGUCUCGAUUUGCCGUGCACUCAAUACGACAUUAAGCCCAGAUGAGGUCACACACAGACAGUCUGUGAGACUAUACACAGCAACCUUUCCAUCUUCCUGACACCCCCCUUGCCUGUGUGGCCUGGAUUGCUCCAUUCCUCUACCCAAGUGAAAUCAGAUGUAGUCAUCUGAACAUUUUUUCCUGAACUGAAAGCCAAAUGGCAGAGACAAGAUGACCACCAGGGUAAGCACUAAAAGUACAGGUGUGUAAUUUGCGCCAUGUGUGUAUCCAUGUGUACAGGCUUCUUUGUUUGCCUAGGAAUGUCUGCCAUUGAUGUUGGCUGCCUUCCUCACUCGGUUUCCGGCGUUUUACAUAAGUGCUGAGGAUCUGAACCUGCCUAGCUUGACAAGCAGCGUACAGUCGCAGCCUUCUCCCCAGGUCCUUCCAUUUGUUUUGUUUUGUUUUUCAAAGACAGCAUUAGCAGGGUGACAGUGGCUCACGCCUUUAAUCCCAGUACUUGGGAGGCAGAGGCAGGAGGAUCUCUGAGUUCCAGGCCAACCUGGUCUACCAGGACAGCCAAG